AUGGAUUACUACUUUGGAUCGUAUGCUGAAACAGAAAUUCACGAAACAAUGCUCAAGGACACGGUUCGUACAGAAGCAUAUCGCAACUUUAUUUACAACAACAAGGCUUAUUUCAAGGACAAAAUUGUGCUUGAUGUUGGAUGUGGAACUGGCAUUUUGUCCAUGUUUGCAGCUAAAGCUGGAGCAAAACAAGUCAUUGCUGUGGAUAAUUCGACGAUUAUCAAAAAGGCAAAGCUGAUUGCCGCUGCAAACAAAGUUGAUGAUGUUAUUACGCAAGUUUUUAUUGCAGGAAAAAUCGAGGAGAUCAAACUACCUGUUGAUAAAGUUGAUGUGAUUGUGUCGGAAUGGAUGGGUUAUUUUUUGCUGUUUGAAGGAAUGCUAGACUCUGUUUUACAUGCUCGUGAUCUUUACCUUGCUCCAAAUGGAAUCAUGGCACCCAGUCAUGCCAUGAUCAAGAUUGCUGGAAUUGAGGAUGCAGAAUGGGUGAAUGACAAGCUCAACUUUUGGAAUGAUGUUUAUGGAUUCAAGAUGGAUCUUAUGAAGAAUGGGUUUUUGACAGAUGGACAAGUUGAUUUUGCCGAUCCCAAAAGUCUUAUUACGGACACAUGCACACUUGUUGAGAUUGACACCAAUGUUGUCAAGGUAUCUGAUCUUGAUUUUGAAAGCGAUUACACAAUGGUGGCUACCAAGACAGGAACGAUGCAUGCAAUCUGUGGAUGGUUUGAUAUUGAGUUUCGUGGUAAUGCUGGAUCAGGUGAGUUGGAAAUGGAGCCUUUUUCUACUGGUCCACUUACCAAGGGUACACAUUGGAAGCAGACCAUGUUUGUGUUGGAUCAGGCUGUGGAUGUAGUUUCUGGAGAUGUGAUUACAGGACAUUUCACAGGAGUGAAAUCUCCCGAAAAUCAUCGUGAUAUGGUAGUGACCAUUACUGUCGAGAUCAAAAACAGAGGCAUUAGUCGUGCAGCCAAAUCAUUCAAUGUUCGAUAA